AUGUUACGAAUACCAAUCUCAUUGAGUUGUUACAUUCUCUUAGGAUACUAUGAGACUUGUAAAUGUGAAUCAGACGCUGUUCCAUUUACGUUUAUAGAAUAUCAAUACAAAGAUUCUCCCAAAAACGAAAUGACAUUCAGGGAAUUUGAAAGUGCUUGUGAACAAAGUAGCGCUUGUAGCCAUAUGAACGGCUUACCUCGGACUCGUUGUAUAAGAGAAUGCGUGUCUCCAUCAUGUUAUAGAGAACUCUACUUAAGUGACCCUCUUGAAGAAGGAGAAAUUGACGUAAGACUAAAUUCCUUUAAGGGUUGUUUUAUUCAAAGAAGUGGAAGAACAAGAAAUUGA